AUGGCGGGGGGAGAAUCUCUUUCACCACCCGAUCGAUCAGAAUGGGUAACAUGGGAGCAAAUGUACCGAACCCCCUUUGAGGAUGAAUUUGACCACGUGCUUACCGACACACUGGGACUACAGACCCGAGCCCUGCCACCCAACCCUUUCCGCCCUCUGUCGCCUUUUGGAUAUCCUGAUGAUGAAUUGCGGGGGUCCAACGGACCCAUGACGCCAGGAAGUCUACAAGAUUUGUUAUCCCUCAUCCUACAGUCGAUGCAGCCUCCUGCAGUCCCUCGGCCUGAAAUUGACGGUACCCGAGCAACCGGCCAACAACCGUACCCGUUUGAUCUCUUGAGUCAGCUAUUCAAUCCCGGCCACGCCCAUCAUGGCGAUAUGGUCUUCACCCAGGAAGCCUUCGACCGUGUCAUGACACAGUUGAUGGAGCAGAACCAGGCUGGCAGUGCGCCCCCGCCGGCCUCGGAGGAGGCAAUCAAUUCACUCAAAAAGAAGAACGUGGAUCAGGAGAUGUUGGGUACAGACGGCAAGGCCGAAUGCUCGAUAUGCAUGGACAACGUAGAAUUGGGGGAGGAAAUGACUGUUCUCCCAUGCAAGCACUGGUUUCACGACCGAUUACGAACCCGAGUGAGCGCCCUGAACAGAGUUCUCCGAGGCGACGCAUGA